GUAUUUCUUACCAGAAUACAAUCCGAAAGUAAGCUAGGAAAAAUACGUAAGGUUUAGAGCCCUUUAACAUUUUGGGAGAACCACUCAGACGAAUCUGGCGACCCGGAUCGAUGAUGUCCGACUACAAAUACCGCUUCAAGAUCCUCCUCCUGGGCGACGCCUCCGUGGGCAAGUCCUGCCUGCUGAUGCGCUUCGCCAACGGCCGAUUCACCGGCAAGCACGAGACCACAUUGGGCGUGGACUUUAAGGUGAGACACGUGGAGGUGGCCGGCCAGGUGGUUAAGCUGCAGAUCUGGGACACCGCCGGCGAGGAGCGCUACCGGUCGAUGCUGCCCGCAUAUUAUCGCGGCGCCCAUGGCGUCCUGCUCGUCUACGACACCACUUCGGCCAGCAGUUUCCGGAGCAUCGAUGCCUGGCUGGACGAGAUUAAGCGCCACUGUCCCGAACGGAUCAACAUAUUGCUGGUGGGCAACAAGUGCGACGAUUUGAAGCGGCGCGAGGUGAGCCAGCGCCAGGCGACCUACUAUGCCGCCCAUCAUCAACUCGCCUUUCGCGAGGCAUCCGCCAAAAGUGGCACCAAUGUGAGUCUCAUGUUCUACGACCUGGCGAUCAGCAUCUUCAAUCGCCUGGUGGUCAUGGCCCCGCUGACCAAACGCCUCCACGCCGGCCAGGAUGGCAACGACGAACUGGGUGAGGGGCAUCCUGGCCAGAGCCGCACUAUCCGCUUGAACAACAAUGGUCGACUGGGGUGCACGAGCGUGGAGUCCUGCUUCUGUUGAAUCCUUAAAUGAAGCAGACAACAUCGUAUUAUAGUUCAUGUUCAAAUAUAUUUACGCUGAGCAAAAUGAA